GCGAGCUUGGUGGUUGCUAUGGCAACAAAACGUCAACUUCACCUCGCGCUCCGCCACCACAGCGACUAAAAUGUUGCCCGUAAGAAGGUCGAAAAUGUCCAAAAGGAUGCUACAAAACCUCGCGGAAAGCAUUUGCAAGCAAGUGGCUCACUUCAAUAAAAGAGAGGUGGAGUGCCUUAUAAGGGAGUUUCAUUCGUUAUUAGAGGAGCCGGUGAGUCCUGCGAGGUCAGUCGGCGGAUUGGACAGAUGGAAGUUGAGAAACUUCCUGCACAUCGCUUUUGGAGUCACCAACGACACAAUUAUGGAUAGUGUGUUUCGGACAUUUGACAAAGACAAUGACGGUUUUGUCAGCUUGAAAGAAUGGAUUGAGGGACUUUCGGUCGUUCUUCGUGGCACCUUGGAUGAAAGAAUAAAAUACUGCUUUCACGUGUACGACUUGAACGGCGACAAGUAUAUCUCCAGAGAGGAGAUGUUACUAAUGUUGAGGUACAGCCUCAGACUACCCGGGGAAGAGGAUCCUUAUGAUGGCAUCAAAGACCUAGUGGAGAUCACACUCAAGAAGAUGGAUCACGACCACGACGACAGGCUUUCUUUGGAUGACUUUACGAAGUCCGUGAAAAAGGCGAACCACGUCCUUGAGGCUUUUGGAACGUGUCUCCCUAACAUCACAAGGAUUGACACCUUUGAGCAGCGUGUAUUUCAGAGUCAAGUGCACUGAUGAUCAAAGUUUUUUUUUUUUAUAUGCAUGCAACGUCCGUCCAUUUUCUAUACUGUUUGCCUUGACCUCAUUAAGGUUAUAGGUGAGCUAGAGCAAUCCCAGCUGAUUUAGGUCAGAGGUCGGGUACACACAUGACUGGUUGCCAGGCAACCACAGGCCACAUAACCCUUCCCACUUACAUUCACUACUUAGUUUUCAAUUAGCUCAACAUAAAGGGAGUUUGCAACCGAAGCAGGAGUUUGCGAAGAAAAUCUACACAAGCACGGGAAGAACAUGUAGAAUGUGUCAAGAAAUUAAAAAGAUGUCCAAA